UGUUUCCAAUUCGUCACAUGACGUCUUGGCUUGGCACUGUAGGCUGUAAUACUGUAAAAAACUCCUCGGGCAGCAGAUACUUAUUCAUCCGUUGUUCUUGUUCUGGCUCAACAGCUACCGUCGCAGAAAUUUUAAUUGUCUAGUUUAGUGAAGUGGUUGUUAACAAAAUCAAAAUGAGCCCCUCAGCAGUACUUCCAGAAGACUGUCCUAUCUACGGGCCAUUUUUCGGCGUAAUGGGCGCAGCCUCAGCUAUUAUUUUUUCCUCCUUGGGAGCGGCGUACGGAACCGCGAAAGCAGGAACAGGAAUCGCAGCGAUGUCAGUGAUGCGACCGGAGCUGAUCAUGAAGUCGAUUAUUCCUGUGGUCAUGGCGGGUAUUAUCGCCAUUUACGGGCUAGUAGUCGCUGUGCUGAUCGCUGGAGGACUCAGUGAACCCUCUGCGGGGUACUCUUUGUAUAAGGGUUUCAUUCACUUGGGAGCCGGCUUAGCUGUCGGUUUUGCAGGACUGGCCGCCGGAUUCGCAAUAGGAAUCGUAGGUGACGCGGGAGUCCGAGGAACAGCCCAGCAACCGCGUCUGUUUGUAGGAAUGAUCUUGAUCCUUAUCUUCGCUGAGGUACUUGGUCUCUACGGGCUUAUCGUCGCUAUCUACCUGUUCACCAAGUCGACCACCCAGUAAUUGCCCUCUAUCAUCGCCGCCUGCCACCACCUUCGCCAUCUUAUUAAUUAUUUUCGACGCUACAGUGUCGCGUCUUCAGUGAUAGUAUUAUCUCAUUUUUUUUGUUUUUUUUUUUUUUUU